AUGCCAUUACUCAGGAAGAACUUAGCAGAGAAUCUCCUUAAGAACUUUUCAGGUUGUGGAUCCGUCGUUUUCCUCAUUGGUCUGUGGUUAUUCUACAAAGCUAUGAAACGAAGAAUGAUAAACAAACGAAAAGAAAAAUUCUUCAAAAGAAACGGUGGUUUGUUGUUGCAAAAGAGAAUGUCUUCAGGAGAUGUAAAUGUUGACAAAACUAUUCUCUUUACUUUAAAGGAUUUAAAGAAAGCCACUGAAAAUUUCAAUAAGGAUAGAGUUCUUGGAAAGGGAGGCCAAGGUACAGUUUACAAAGGCAUGCUGGUGGAUGGUAAAAUUGUUGUUGUGAAAAAGUUUAAGGUUGAAGGAAAGAUUGAAGAGUUCAUCAAUGAGUUUGUGAUUCUUUCACAAAUCAACAAUAGAAAUGUUGUCAGACUAUUGGGAUGUUGUUUGGAGGCAGAAAUUCCUUUGCUUGUUUAUGAAUUCAUUCCCAAUGGUAACCUUUUUGAGUAUCUGCAUGACCAAAAUGAGGACAUACCAAUGACAUGGGACAUACGUUUGAGAAUUUCCUGUGAAGUUGCUGGUGCUAUAUUUUAUUUGCACUCAGUUGCAUCUCAGCCAAUUUAUCAUAGAGACAUCAAAUCAACAAAUAUAUUAUUGGAUGAAAAGUAUAGGGCAAAAUUAGCAGAUUUUGGCGCACCAAGAAUAAUUUUAAUUGAAGAUACUCAUGUUACCACAAUGGUUCAAGGUACUUUUGGAUACAUAGACCCUGAAUAUUUUUACACUAGCCAAUUUACAGAGAAAAGUGAUGUUUAUAGCUUUGGAGUAGUCCUUGCUGAACUUUUGACUGGUAAGAAGCCAAUAUCUUCUACAACAAGAUCAGAGGAAUCACAAAAUUUAUCUUCCUAUUUUGUUCAGUGUAUAGAGAAGAAUAUGUUGUUUGACAUUAUUGACAAAAGGGUCAUAGAAGGAGGAGAGAAAGAACAUAUCAUUGCAGUUGCAAAUCUUGCAUAUAGAUGCUUAGAAAUAAACGGAAGAAAACGACCAACGAUGAAAGAAGUCACAUUAAAAUUGGAAGGGAUCAGAGGAUUCAAUAAGAAGCUUAAUGCACAGCAAAAUAACGAAGAAAUUGAGUUUUCUAGAAUUGAAAAGUACCAACAUUGGUAUGGGUUUUCUACAUCUUAUUCAUUACCAAUUAUCAGCUACCAAGAUCACUCCACAGACUCGGAGGUUAUGCAUAUUCUUGAAUUAGAAUAG